AUGGGAUAUAAGAUAUAUUCUAACUCUGACUUAGUUCAAACAGUAACAUGGGCAAACUAUGAAUGGUUCGCUUUGAGAAACUCAGUACAACCACAAGCUAGAGAACAAACAGACCAGUAUGCCACCAUUGAGAAAAUAAGAAGACUUGACCCUAACGUUCCAGGAGUUUAUGUUAACCUUUCUGGACAAACUGCAGCAGCAGUAACCAAAGUAAAACUGAAACUUAGAGUUCCUUUGUCAUCUUUCCUCAUCUUCAGGUUUUUAAGAUACUUGCCAAACUGGGCAGGAAAAAUUUCUAUCGAACUUACUCCAAGCAAAAAUAACUUAGUCAUUGCACCAACACAAGACCCAUUCACUAUUACAGACGUAGAGGGAACAAAUAAAACGUCAUUCGCCGACUUUUGCAAAGACAAAGUUGACUUAGACUUUGGUUUCUCAAACUUCAACACUGAAGUAAACUAUUAUUUCAAUGCUGCUGGAACUGCUUGGGACCCAGUUAAGUUCACAUGCGAAAAAUUUGAAUGCAAGAGAAUAGAAAGCAGACUUGCAGUCUAUAUGUUGGACCCAGAUAUUUCAAAUGCUUUAGCUGCCAAAUAUAUUGCAGUUCCACUUAUGUUCCAUAUACACCAAAUAUCUGUCAAAGACUUUGCAGGUGAAGUUGGAAACCAAAGUGCUGACCCAGGUGCAAGAACGGAUAUUGCUUUAACAACUGCAAUGAAACAUGCAGAUACUAUGUUUGUACUGUUCAGACGAACUAUAAAUGACUAUUCUUGUUUCUACAACCCCGGUAUUAAAUAUCAUAUAAACAUAGAUGGCAAAUAUUAUCCAAGAGAAGAAUAUUCUACAGUUGAAGAUAUGAGGUCAUACAACUUGACAUUAGAUGCUAUGAACUUUAACAACAACUUCACAACAACCAUUAACCCUGAAAUGCAAAGUUCUAUUAUGCCAUAUGUGAAAGUAUGGACCCAUACAGGAAGUCAAAAAACUCAAUAUACAAAUGGAGACC